AUGAAUUUUAUAAUAAAAGUCAUCUUUUUGGUAAAUAUUUAUGGGAUAAUUUUUUGUUAUCUUAAAAAAAUAAAUUAUAUUAAUAAUAAUAAUUUAUUAUACUUCAAAAAAAAUUAUAUUUUAAAAAUUAUGAAAUUUAGAAAAAAUAAAUACAUAAAUAAAAAUUAUACAAUUCUAUCUAUGACUAAUGAUGGAAAUAAUGAAAAUGACAAAAAAAAUCCUGUAGAAACUGUAAAAUUUUUUGAUUUCACACAUAUAUAUAAACAUUAUAACUUAGAUAAAAAUAACCCAUUUUAUGAAAAAAAAUCAGAUGAAAUUAAUAAUAAUGAAACAGAAAAUGAAUAUGCUAAAAGCAAUAAUACUAAGAAUCAAAGUGUCGAAAACAUUCAAAUAAAAGAAUAUAAUUCAGAAAUAAAUUCAAAUAUAGAAACAAAUAGUGAUAUCUUGAAUAAUAUAAAGAGUAGUUUAUUAGUUAAAGACGAUCCAAAUAGGAUAGAAAGAGUAAAAUUUGAAAAUAUAUAUAAUUAUAGUAAUAUUUUUAAAGAAAAAGAAAAAAAAAUUGAAGUAAAAACAUAUGUUGCAAAUGUUUUUCAAAAAAUGCCCAAAUUUAAAGACAACAUAAAAGUAAUUAAAGAUGCUUUGUUGUAUCUUAAGUUUAUAGAAAAAGGAAAUUUAUAUUUAAUUAAAAAUGUAGAUAAAAAGAGUUUAAAUUCUGAACCUUAUGAUGAUUUAUCAAAAAAAAAAAAGAAAGGUACCAAAAAAGACAAGAUUAAAUUGGAACUAACUAGUAUUUAUAAUAAUAUAAAUAAAGAAAAACAUACCAAAAAAAGGAUAUGUAAAGAAUGCUGCAUUAAAGUAGAUUUAUACACAAAACUUUUAUCAAGACCAUUAAACAAUAUAUAUUAUUUGCAUAAAAACCUAAAAAGAUUUUUACAUCCAUUUCAGUAUAGCUUAUAUGAAAAUACUAUAUCUAAUUUAUAUAAUGAUGGAGAGGUUUCCAAUUCAUUAAAUGAUGUUUUAAAUAACAUUUUAGAGGUUAGAAAAUUAAUAACAUUAACUGGUAAAACUUACGCUGGACAGUUAAAAUAUUUAAAAACAUGCAAAGAAAUAUUCAAUAAAUUGAAUGAAGCCAUAGUAGAUAUAAAUGUUAUAUUACAAUCAGGAAGAAAAUGGUUAGAUAUAUACAACUCUUUUGUAAAAAAAAUUAGAAAAAUAAAAUAUAUUGAUAUAACAAAACCUUCUAUAUCAAUAAUAGGUUGCACUAAUGUAGGUAAAAGUAGUAUUCUUAAUUCAAUUACAAAUUCAAAAUCCAAAAUAGCGGACUAUAAUUUUACAACGAAAGAAUUUAAUUUAGGUCAUUACUCUUUUAGUGAUGAAAACGAUAUACACACAACUCAAAUAAUGGAUUUACCUGGUUUAAUAAAUCGUCCAGAAGAAAAAAGAAAUUUGAUGGAAAAAUUAACUCUUUCAUCUCUGAAAAACUUACCUUCAGCUGUUAUUUAUGUCUUUGACCCGUUAAAAAAAGAUGAUCACAAAUACUCAUCUAUAAAAUCUCAAAUAGAUAUUCGAUAUUAUUUAAGGGGAUUAUUUCCUUUUAGGCCUUGGAUUGAUGUUAUAACAAAAUCAGAUUUAAUAGAUUUUGAUAGUGUUAAUUUGCCUAAAGAUAUAAAAGAAAAUUCAGUAUUUAUUUCUACGGAAAAAAAAGAAUCUUUAUUGCCUCUAAAAGAAAAAAUAAACGAAGUAACAUUUAAAUUGACUACUUUCUUAAACAAACACACAAUGGAAUAA